UCUUGAUGGUUCCAAAUUCCAAAACAAAAUAUAUUAUAGAUAUUCUAGGUGUGGGCCAAACGUCAAAUAUUUACACGUCUAUGAUAGCAGGCCGAUAGCCUUAAGCUCGAGCUCUGACUGAGCUGAGCCAAGCGUGAUCGUCUCCGUGAUCCCGGCACCGCCGCUAGGGUUAGCGGAAGGGUACGUUCCCUAUUGACAGUCCCACCUGCUAGAAAAGAAGUUAGAAUAAAAUACAAGUUCGACAUGGGCUAGAUCUCAGUGAUAUUAAAAAGUAUUUAAAUCUUUAAUUCACAUUUUAUUUCCGAUACAGUUCAUCAAAUUCCCUACCGGGGCUGAGGCUGAUCGUGUGAAGAACGAUUUCUUCGUUAUAGCAGGUUUCCCGAGUGUUUUGGGAGCUGUUGAUUGCACGCACAUAGGCUUAAAUUCAGCAGUCCUCAUUGAGAAUGAAGCAAUCUAUGUCAAUCGAAAGUUUCGGCACUCGAUCAAUGUGCAGAUGGUUUGCGAUGCAAAAUGCGUCAUCACCAACGUCGUUGCAAGAUGGCAGGGAUCAGUCCAUGAUGCACGAAUCCUUAACAUGAGCCACCUUGGAGAGUUUCUGCAAAACAGAAGGGAAAGUGGUUACCUCUUGGGAGACAGUGGCUACCCCCUUAGACAAUGGAUUCAAACCCCAUUUGGUAAAGACAAAGAUGACACACCUGCAAAGAAAGCCUAUAACAGGGCACAUGCACGGACACGAUGUUUGAUUGAAAUGACGUUCGGACAGCUGAAAAACAAGUUCAGGUGCUUGAAGGGGCAUGGAAUGCAGAUGGAACCAAGGAGAGUCUGUGAUGUUGUUGUUGCAUGUGCAGUCUUGUACAACAUAGCUAAGUUAUUAAAUGAACCACCAGACGAAGAAGAAGAAGCGGAUCAACAGCCUGAAAAUGAAGAGGGAAGAAAUGAUGAAGUCAAUGUGGAAGAAAAUGAUGAUCAUGAGUACCAGGUUGGCCAGAUGGUACAAAUGGAUAUUGUUAAUGAUUUCUUUACAUAAUCUAAUUUAUAUAUAUUUUUUUAAGACCCAGACCUGACCCAAAAGUAAAAUUGACAAAUCAUAUACCAAUCAAAAGUUUAUAAACUACUGAAUACAGCAAUGUAAGCUUUGUCACCACUAAGCAGUUGAAUAUUUUGCUUUAGAAUAGCUCUAAUUAUUGUGCUUUUCAUCUGCCUCAAAAUUGUGAAGUAAUGUUGUGUUAAAAACGUUGUGAUUCCAUAGGUUUGUACACAUAAAUACUGAAAUAUUGUCAGUGCCUGUUUCAUCUCCAAAUGAAAAGAAAGUGAAUAUAUAAAUCUGGAAAUUUAAAAAAAUCAACCAUUAUUUCUGUGUAAAAACCUCUGUAAUCGUAACACUCCUGAUGUCACGUAAUUCAGACUGUUAAAAAAAUCAAUAAAGCCUUUUUAAGCAAUAUACUCAGCUGUCUAGCAGUGAAUAUCAGACUUACAACGUUGCACUAUGUAAUUCCCACUUGUAAAGUUCACUUCUAGCUUUAAUCUUGGUCUUUAAGUUAUGUUUUCAGGUACAU